AUGCCAACUGAUACUAUUAAGCCAUACUUAGUUACCGACGUUUUGAUAAAGAUUUUUCAAAAUCUCAGUAUUCGCGAUUUAAUUUCAGCACUUUUAGUUAAUCGAGAAUGGAGUCAAGUUGCUGUUCCAAUGUAUUGGAAAGCUCCGUUCAGUUAUAAGAAAAAAAGAAGCAUACUCUCAUUAAAGAUUUAUAAAUUAUUUCUUGAUCAAGAAAACAACUCAAAUCAUUCAUCACAAACUACAACUCAAAGACUUCCAACACUUUACGAUUAUCCAUUUUUCCUUAAAGAACUCAAUUAUACAAACUUACUGGAGCUUGAUAGAGAUAUCAUAAAUAUUGAUGCAAUAUUAAAAAUGCUAACAAGCCGUGGUGUCCGCCUAAAUACUUUCAUUAUGGAUAAUUCCGGUACAAUUAAAGAAUACAUUUAUGCAUUAUGGACAAAAUCUUGCUAUGCUCCAAUGUUCAGCUCUCUUGUUCAUGUUGCAAUACACGUUCCUUUUCCAAAAAAUUGCGUCAUUAAGGCAUUAGCUGAUAAUUGCACAAAACUGUCUCACCUCGAUAUUAAUCUUUACGAUAAUUGUACUGUCCGUGUUAAAUAUUUGCUCAAUUAUCUUAAUGAACUUUUCUCUACUCAGAAACAUCUUUCAAAUAUUCGAUUAGUAUUUCCCAAUGGUCCUGGAGGAUUACUAAACAACAUAUUGAAAUCUCACCUCGAAUCCUUUAAACACCUCGAACUUGCCAAAUGGAACUUCGACGAUUGCGAUUGGGAAUGGUUGAAAAAAUGUCCAAACUUGUCCGAAUUUGCAAUGACAAAUCCUCAAUUUCAAAUCACUGAUAUUUUAGGCCUUGAACGUGAUGUUUAUCGCUUGAAAAAAUCAAAAAAUUCUAAAAUUACAACUACUCAUUGGCAUUUUGACACGGCCGAUAAAAUUUCUUUAAUCUCAAAUUUUUAUUUCCACCCUGAAAACCCUUUGGUGGAAUCAUAUGAAUCUUAG